UUCCCACCUCAUGUCAGAAAUUAAAAAAUAAGAUGUUGUGGCACAAACCAUGUGAGCCCAAGAAUCCCCAGCUCCAUUGUUUUUUCUGUCCCUUUACAGUUUUGCUUUUAUCAACUGUUACCUCACUCUUUCCUAUACAUCCUCUCUCACUGUAUAUAUAAACUCGGUCCGAGAGACUGAGGCUGCUUUUUGUUCAGUCCUCCCUCGUCUUUUUGUUCACUGUUUGGAAUCGAAAUCCGAGAUGGGUUCUCGAUUCCAAGCUUUGUUCUCCGUGAUUUGCUUUCUGUUUGUGUUCCUACAACAAGGAAAAACAGAGCAGUUUUAUAAUGUGAGCAGCUUGAGGGGUAGAAAGCCAGCGGGUAGCUGUAAUCUGUUUCAAGGCAGUUGGGUCGAUGAUUCUUCGUAUCCUCUCUAUGAUUCUUCUAGCUGUCCCUUCAUAGAUCCAGAGUUCGAUUGUCAGAAGUAUGGUAGACCCGAUAAACUGUACCUGCAAUACAGGUGGAAGCCCAGCAACUGCGAAUUGCCAAGGUUUAAUGGGGUGGACUUUCUGACGAGGUGGAGGGGGAAGAAGAUUAUGUUCGUGGGCGAUUCGCUGAGUCUGAACCAGUGGCAAUCGUUAACGUGCUUGCUUCACGCUUCUGUGCCCAACGCCAAGACUACAGUGACGAGGAGCACGCCGCUCUCCUCUGUAAUAUUCGAGGAUUACGAAGUUUCGGUGUUGCUCUAUCACACUACAUACCUGGUGGAUAUUGUCCGGGAAAAUGUGGGCCGGGUUUUGCAGCUGGACUCGAUCUCGGCCGGUAAUGCGUGGAAAGGCAUGGACGUGCUGAUCUUCAACACGUGGCACUGGUGGACCCACAGAGGAAGAAGCCAACCGUGGGAUUACAUUCGAGAUGGAACCUCAUUGUACAAAGACAUGGACCGUCUGAUUGCAUUCUAUAAAGGGCUGAUGACGUGGGCCAGAUGGGUUAACUCCAACGUCGAUCCCACCAAAACCAAAGUGUUUUUCCAGGGGAUCUCUCCCACCCAUUACGUAGGCAAGGAUUGGAAUCAACCAUCUACAAGUUGCAGUGGCCAGAUGGAUCCGGUGUCUGGGGCAACAUACCCGGCAGGCAUACCUCCGGAAGCGAUUGUAGUGAACAAAGUGUUAAGCCGGAUUAGAAAACCGGUCUCUCUGCUUGACAUCACUAGGCUCUCACAAUUGAGAAAGGAUGCACACCCCUCUGCCUACAGUGGUGAGCACAAGGGCAUGGACUGCAGCCACUGGUGCCUUCCUGGACUGCCUGAUACUUGGAACCUGCUCCUAAAUGCAGCUCUCAUCCUUUGAAGAUGACAAACAAUUGCAAACAAAAACUCAUUGUUUGUAUUAGGUGGAAUUUUCUAGUUAUUCUUUCUUUCCUUUUUCUUUUAAGUUACUUGUAUUAGGUUAGAAAAUAAUAGGGAUAAUGCAUCAAAGUUGUAAAUUAUUCAAUCCCUGAAGUUGCUUGGAAUUACUGUCAAUUUCAUUUCUUAUGCAGAAUUUUAAAUGAUACAAGUCCAAAUUGGGAAGUUUGUUAUAUUGAAUAUGACUGUAAAAAUUGAGUAGUUGAACUCA